AUGGAUACUGGUAAGUAUAUGAGCGUGGAUGCUGGAAAGUAUGUGAGCACGGAUAUUGGAAAGUAUGUGAGCAUGGAUGCUGGAAAUACAAUACUAAGUAAUUUAACAUCCAAACAUGAGAGCAUACGACCACAACAACACCAAGCCAAGCCUUCCACAACAACACCAAGCCUUCCACAAAACACCAAGCCAUCCACAACAACACCAAGCCUUCCACAACAACACCAAGCCUUCCACAACAACACCAAGCCAUCCACAACAACACCAAGCCUUCCACAACAACACAAAGCCUUCCACAAAACACCAAGCCUUCCACAACAACACGAAGCCUUCCACAACAAUACCAAGCCAUCCACAACAACACCAAGCCUUCCACAACAACACCAAGCCUUCCACAAAACACCAAGCCUUCCACAACAACACCAAGCCUUCCACAACAACACCAAGCCAUUCACAACAACACCAAGCCAUCCACAACAACACCAAGCCAUCCACAACAACACCAAGCCAUCCACAACAACACCAAGCCAUCCACAACAACACCAAGCCAUUCACAACAACACCAAGCCAUCCACAACAACACCAAGCCAUUCACAACAACACCAAGCCAUCCACAACAACACCAAGCCAUCCACAACAACACCAAGCCAUUCACAACAACACCAAGCCAUCCACAACAACACCAAGCCAUCCACAACAACACCAAGCCAUCCACAACAACACCAAGCCUUCCACAAAACACCAAGCCAAGCCUUCCACAACAACACCAAGCCUUCCACAACAACACCAAGCCAUUCACAAGAACACCGAGCCAUCCACAAGAACACCAAGCCAUCCACAACAACACCAAGCCAUCCACAACAACACCAAGCCAUUCACAACAACACCAAGCCAUCCACAACAACACCAAGCCAUCCACAACAACACCAAGCCAUUCACAACAACACCAAGCCAUCCACAACAACACAAAGCCAUCCACAACAACACUAA